UACCCGGGCGGUGAUUACCAUGACGUGGUCAGUCUGGCACUGAGACGCGGCUGUUCACCGGAGGCGGACGGCAAGUCAGCUCCACGGCGAUUCCGUUAACGUCUCUUUUCUCCGCCGCAGCUUUUAUUGAACUCGGCUGACAGGAUGAGGUGGUGACCCUGGACCCGCCAGGCCGUGAGAUGAGUGCAGCUCGGCACAGAGAAACGACGGAGCAGAGAGACUGAGAGAGAAGAAUGGGAAGGAGCGCCUGGGGCUGCUGUCACGGCGUGGUCUCUACUGCAGUGCUUUACGGCUCCUUGGCUCUCUUCACCUCCAUCCUCCACAAUGUGUUCCUGCUUUACUACGUGGAGACAUUCGUUUCCGUAUACAAGAUUGAUAAAGUCUCCUUCUGGAUUGGGGAGACGGUGUUCCUCAUCUGGAACAGCCUGAACGACCCUCUCUUCGGCUGGCUGAGUGACCGCGCCUUCCUCAGCUCUCCUCAGACUGGAUCUCAGAUCACGGCUCCUGAAGUGGUGCUGAAGCGCCUGAAGGCUCUCUCCACAAAUGGCCCCCUCUUCUCCCUCUCCUUCCUGGCCUUCUGGGUGGCGUGGGCCAGGCCGGGCCUGCAGUUCCUGCUGUGCCUGUGUCUGUACGACGGCUUCCUCACCAUGGUGGACCUGCACCACAGCGCCCUGCUGGCCGACCUGGCCGUGUCGGCCGCCGAUCGCACGCGCCUCAACUUCCACUGCUCGGUGUUCAGCGCCCUGGGCUCGCUCUCGGUGUUCCUGUCCUACUCUUUCUGGGAUAAGGAGGACUUCUACUCCUUCCGUGUCUUCUGUGUGACCCUGGCAGCUUUUUCCAUCGUCGGCUUUUUUGUAGUUUCUCGGCUGCUGCAGCGGCGUUUCACAAAGGAAGUCCGUCCAAAACACGAUGAGGCGUCGGCACUUAAAGAGCUGAGUGUCGGCCACGCUCCACUUACCAACCCAGAAAAACCUGUAACUAUUGGACAGUAUCUCAAGCAGCUCGCCAGACACAAAAAUUUCAUGUGGUUCGUGUCAAUGAACCUGAUCCAGGUGUUCCACUGCCAUUUCAACAGCAACUUCUUUCCUCUGUUCCUGGAGCAUCUGUUGUCUGAUCACAUCUCCGCCUCCACAGGUUCAGUCUUACUUGGGAUCUCUUACAUUGCCCCUCACCUGAACAACUUGUAUUUCCUGACUCUGUGCCAGCGAUACGGGGUUUACCAGGUUAUCCGCUGGCUCUUUAUGGUCAAGCUGGGACUUAGUGUGGCUAUGCUGCUAGCAGGGGCUGACCACAUUUAUCUGCUCUGCAUCUUCAUUGCUAGUAACCGUGUGUUCACCGAGGGAACCUGCAAGCUGCUCAAACUGGUGGUUUCCGACCUGGUGGACGAGGACUUCGUGGUGAACCGCCGUCAGCAGGCCGCCUCGGCGCUCCUCUUCGGGAUGGUCGCCCUGCUGACCAAACCCGGCCAGACGUUCGCCCCGCUCAUCGGCACAUGGCUGCUUUGUGUUUACACAGGCUACGAUAUCUUCGACAGGCAGCCCGUGAGGGACAACUCUCUGGUGUCCGACGCCGCCUUGAGCUCAGGGACUCCGCCUCUUCGCCUGGGCUGUUUCUACAUGUUGGUGUUCGUGCCUAUCACCUGUGCCCUGCUCCAGCUGGCCGCCUGGUCCCGCUUCACACUCCACGGCCGCAAACUGCAAGGGAUCAAGACCCUCAGGCAGGGGGCCCAGCCCGGCCACCUCAUCGAUGUCAAGGCCAUCUGA